GCCGGCGCUCGCGCGCGCGCGCGGGAUUCGAACGCGGCGCCAGAAAACGGCGGGAAAAAGCGGGAAAAGGAUCCGGGAAUUCCCUGGGAUCGGCACCGGGAUCGGGAUCAGGAUCGGGAUCGGCUCCAUGGACACAUUCCAGUGCCCGAGCGCCACAUCCCGCAGGGACAAAGAUGCCGGCGCCGUGUCCGUCACCAUCCCGGCCUCUCCCUUCAUGCAGAAGUUGGGAUUCGGCACCGGAGUCAGCGUCUACCUGAUGAAAAGGUCCCCGCGGGGGUUGUCCCGCUCCCCCUGGGCCGUGAAGAAAAUCAACUCCGGCUGCUCCCAGAGCCAGCGGAGCCUCUUCCAACGGAGACUCCGGGAGGAGGCGCGGACCCUGCGGAGCCUGCGGCACCCCAACAUCGUGGGGUACCGGGCGCUGACGGCGGCUCCUGACGGGAGCCUGUGCCUGGCCAUGGAGUUCGGGGGCGAGAAUUCCCUGCAGGCGCUGAUCGAGGAGCGCCGGGAGCGGCGCCUGGGAAUGUUCCCGGCGGCGCAGAUCCUGCACGUGGCGCUCAGCGUGGCCAGGGCGCUGCAGUACCUGCACACGGAGCAGCGGCUGCUCCACGGCGACGUCAAGUCCCCGAACGUCGUCGUGCGCGGCGACUUCCAGGACGUCAAGAUCUGCGACGUCGGCGUCUCCCUGCCGCUGGACCACAACAUGCAGGUCAGCGAUCCGGAUCUCUGCUACGUGGGCACGGAGCCCUGGAGCCCCCCGGAGGCGCUGGAGCCGGGCGGGAUCAUCUCGGAUCGCUCCGACAUCUUCCCCUUCGGCCUGACGCUGUGGGAGAUGCUGGCGCUGAGCGUCCCGCACCUGCCCGGAGCCGCAGAGGAUUCCGACUCGGAGGAUCCCGGCUCCGAGGAUUCCUUCGACGAGGAUUCCUACCUGGCGGCUCUGGGCUCGCGGCCGCCGCUGCCCCCGGAGGCGCUGGAUCCCUCGCAGGAUUCCGUGCGGGAAUUGUUCCUGGUGUGCACGGCCCGCGACCGGGAGCGCCCGCCGGCGGCGCGCAUCCUGCAGGCGCUGGAGCGCCCGGAGCGCUGACAUUCCCGGGAUUCCGCAGCCGCGGCGUUUCCCCGGGUUUGAGGGAUUCCCGGGAUUCCGGAGCCGCGGCGUUCCCGGGUUUGCGGGAUUCCCGGGAUUCCGGAGCCCUGACAUUCCCAGAUUCCCAGACUCUGUC